AUGGUGCUUUGCGCAACACAUGGUCGCCAUUUUUCUCUAGAAGUGGGUUAGGUAAAGUAACACGACGGAGCUCCCAACGUUUGAUUGCUUUUUCGAAUGUUUAACGCCAGUUCUGAGGCAUGCUGGUUGCCUACGAUGGACGUUAAUAAUUAUGACCGUUGUAAAGCGUGAAGUAAUUCGUCCGAGGUAGGAUUUGUGAAAUAUCCACUCGGAGGCGAAAAAAGAAAAGAAACACUCCCUCUGUCGGGAGCUAAUCAUGGCCGACAAAAUCUGCGGUGAUGGCAUUGGGAACAGUACCGGAAGAUUGUACGGCGCCGAAGUCGAGCUAAUAACGCCGAACACAAUGUACGGCAGCAGCCCGGGCGAGCCCAGGACGCCCGUGCAGCCCGUCGACUCGGGGGGCCCCAAAAAGAAGCCGACGUCCUUUCAAAUCACCAGUGUCACGGUGCAGGGCUCCCGGCUGAGCAACGACGGAGGCGAUGAAAGUGCCGACGACCUGGACGAGAGCCACACGGAGGACCUGAGCUCGGACGUGCUCGACGUGUCCAAGAACGCCGACCAGCUGUCGCCGACCGACGAGAACGGAGCGGCCGAUGAGCCCCCCGCCGCCGCCGGUGCGCCGACGGCCGGCGACGCGUCAUCGGGCGUCCCAUCGCUGCCACCGCCGACGGCCGCGACGACGGUCGGUGCAGCGCUGACCAUCGUGGCGGGGACGCCUGCCAGCGCCGCGCCCGAGGUGCCCGUAAGCCCGGACCACUGGCAGCGGCGCUUCAAAGUGGUUAAGAUCGUGAGUUCGGAACCGUUCGGUCGCGGACGUUGGCUGUGCAUGGACUUUGUGGACCCGCCGGCCAUGCAAGGCGACGCCAAGCCCGGCGAUGAGCGCGAAAGCGCGGCGGCGGGCGGCGCCGACCUGCCACCGGCCGCGUCCAACGAGGCUGUGGCCCACGUGUACGAGAUUCCCGUCGGGCAGACGUUCCCGGCCAACAGCCAACAGGGCGGGCCCCUGUACGGCAUCAUCUUGCCGGUGUCGUCGAGCGCCCAGGGCCCGCCGCUGGGCGUGCUCCAGCCCAUUACCGAGCAGCCCGUCGUCACCGACGCCCCGGGCCCCGGCGAGGCGGACCCCGCCGAACCCGUGCCCGAGAACAAGUCGACCGCCGAGGAGGACUCCGAGAGGUGGGUGCCCUCGCGGCCGCCAUUCGCGGGCGCCGACCUUUGCUCGGAGGGGCUGUCAGUCCGGCGUGCGCAACCCAGAAGGUGUCACGCACCGACCACCGCCUUGACUCUCCCGCGGGCUUUCUUUCUACAUGUCGGUUACGCUCUGGCGCUGUCGUCUGGCAGCCCCUUCGCGACGAAGUCGGCACCACUGGCUCUCUCAGAGGCCAGGUUUUGAACUGCAGUGCUUUUCGAGUUCAAAUGAGAAGCCACAGUCUUGCCAGCAGGUGUACGCUCUGUCUGAACCCUUGGACCAUGCACUGCUGGGAGUGUCUUGGCAGUGCCCGUGUGUUAGAUGCCCGUGGCUGGUUCCCGCGUGGCGGCGAGCCCGCUUCUUUACGCUGGGUUCUUAACUGCACGCUUGGCUCUGCUUCCGAGGAGAGGUGGUUGCAUGCUGAGCUGUGGGACGGGCGAGGCAUUCUCGCCAGACUGCUGUUGGGCACACGCCGGGAGUCUGGUUGCAAAGCAUGGUCUCUGAGCAUGAAGUUUCGUCUGGGAGCGUUGACUGCGUAGACCGGGAAGUGUCUUCUGGCAUUAGCUGUGCCAGGUUUGUCCACCGAUCUUCCGGAGGGGGCUGCACCUUCCAAGAGGAGAUGUGCCAUGGAGGUGGCCAUUGUGUUCCCUCCAAUGGUACUUUUUCACUGUUUGUCGGGUUCUUUUGCUCCCUUUGGACUUGCAGAUAUGCGAGACUCCUUGACCUUUGGGAUUGCGCAACUUGUUUGCCUGUACAUUGGGGUUCCCUCUAAACCUUUGCAUCUUCGUCUAUGACUUCUUCCCUGAAAUGUGGUGUUUGGGCACAAAUAACAAGAGAUACUUAGGAAGGUAACGUCAUAUGUCUGCACCAGUGUUCCAGUAUGUCUGUUACAUAUGCUGAUAAAGCAACUUUAUUCAAAUGCAAAAUAACACGCGACACUUGAAAACGAGGCUAGUUAUAAUUACCGUGGAAAGCUUCCAUGUCUGUCAGAGUGCAGCACUUGGCAGGGUGGGUUGACGGCUCGCGGGUCAUCCAACUAAGAGUUCUUGCCGAUUCCACAUUGAAGGGGGGGGGGGGGGGGGGAUAAUUUGUUUCGACAAGGUUCUGCUCUGUGGCAAUGUUGCUCUAUAAGACUAAAGUAUUUUUCGUUAUAAAAUUGGAACUGCGCGAGCUGCAUUCAUCUCAUUUUAUUUGUUGGUUUGCAAUGCCUCAUUAGGCUUGAGGAGUGUGAGAAGCUUCUGGAGGUUGGUAGUGGCAGGUUCACACCAGAUUACCAGGUGGAUGCCACUUCUGGGUAGCUGGAAAAGGUAAUAGCGUCUUGGCAAUUUUUGGUGUUGCACUCGCACGCUUACAUGCAGUUGAAUUUGAACACUGGGAUACGGUGCAGGAGUCAUGCCUCUCGAGUAACGUCUUUCCCUCCAGUCAGAACGUAGCAGCGAGCUCUUCGUUUGUGGAUUGUGUCACUCACUGACCGCUUUGUGGACCGCAUUGCUGUGCAUACCAACAUUGCUAAAUCAAAGUCAGUUGACAAGCUACCUAGAAUGCCUGAUGCCUUCUUGUGGUGCUUGCUACACUAUCAGCCCGCCCUAUGGACAGAAGCGGCAGAACCGGUGGAAUGUUGAAUUCACAUUGCCUGCGGUGGAAAGUGAUUAUAUUGCACCUUUUAUGGUAACCAUAAUUUCCACAAACGUUUGCGUUAAAAGAGCGUCGUAAGAAAGCGGCCCUGCUCCGUUGCUCAUGAAGGCGUUGCCGCUGGUGGUGCUAGAGUCACUGAAUGUUCCCAGAGUGCCGAAAUUCCCAAGCUUAGCUUCAGAACAGAGUCGUGGCACAGUAGUCAGAUACCCAACAUGGCCCUGCCCUUCACAGUCGAAGCAAAGCGUGUCAAGUGUAGUGUUCAUUCUCGUAUGAGCUCCUCAAUCCACGUUCCUGGCCUGUGGCGAUGCUGGUUUGUUUUUAUUAAAGUUCUUUCCUUUAUUCCGAGCGGUGCGUGACUUGCUCCUUGCUGUCUCGUCUCUCUCCCUUGCCGGUAAACAUAUUGAAGUCAAGUAUUGGGUUUAGCAUUUAAGGUGCAGAGUUUGAAACACAGCACCAGUGCAACCGGAGCGAGCGAACGAGCUGACAAUCUUCUUUGACAAUCUAGGUUGGCGGCUACUUGAUAUAAAUCAAUGCACCUUCCGUUCGGUCUUAACUCAUUAUUGCCCAGAGCUCCCCUCCCUUAUGUACCCACCGUAGCCGUCGUAACGCGGAAACGCUUCAUAUCCAUUUUUUGUUGUUUUGGGCCUAUUUCCAAAAUGGCCGCCUGAUAACUUCCACCACGGGUUAAUUCAGCCAAUGAGAGCUGGAUUCUGCAGGAAUUGACUUCCAUCAAGCGGACUGAAUGGAAUUUGGUUCUCUGAGAACAUUCAGUGACUCUAGGUGGCACUAGAAACACCAUCUGCCUGCACCUGCUUGUACGCGGGCAACGAGAAAGAACCGUUUUCAAAUGGCGCUCUUCCGUGAAGCUUGUCAACUGAUUAUCGGAUGGAUGUGUUUGAACCUUUUUAAUUCGGCAGCAUCUGGUGCCACCUAGCCAAAGCUUUUGAUUCCAACAAUUAACUAGUUACUGUCAUGCCCAUUGCCCUCUGGUGACAGAAGGGCCAAGCUAAUAGGUUUUUGUGCGGUGAAGUCGUUGGCAUUUGCAUGUGAACUUGAGUCUUCCAAUGAGUCUUCCGAAUUUUUGUUAUUGUGAUGUAUGGAGAGAGCAUUGAAAGAGCAACGAGUUGUCGCACUCUACGUCCGUCAUAGACGAUGCUUGGCAAAUGCACUACCCGCGCAUGCCUAAUGCAUGAGAAGUCCUACGGCCGAGAUUUUCCUGAAGUACUCUGAGUGCAAAGCAGCAGGUAAAGUUAAAAUCUCAUUUCCUUGUUUAGUAUUCAAUGCCAUUCGUUCGGAAAGCAGCAUACCUUACAAAAUGUCCAACACGAGGUGUAUUUGCCCACAAAAGUAUUCUUGAUUGCGCCCAUUUCCUGUGGCAUGAUUCUGCACCGUCGGCACCAGUUUUAUUUCAUCAUUCGCAGCAGCUAGGCCAGCGACAUUGUUUCAUUGAAUCGCCGCCAUCGGCAGCGGCGCAUUUGUUUUCCUACAACUUACCCGUCAAGGCGACAAAGAUUCACCGAACGACUCCACGAGAUGUCUGCCUAUCGUUGAAUUGAGCUCGUGCUACCAAACCGAUACCAUCAAACCUCCGUCCUGUUGGUCUGCUCCUGUUGGUCUGCUCUCCUAUCUCUGUCGGUCGCCACCGCUGCAGGAAUUCCUGCUCUCUGGUCACUUCCGAUUAGAAGCAACCAAAGAGGCACGAGCCAGUGGCAUGACGUAGGGAUGAGUGGACCCGUAAUCAACUAGCAUGCGAGCGUCGCCGACAAUUUCUGAAGCAUUGUCAUUGUGUCUGGAUGCCCCAAAGUAUGACCUACUUGCCACUGCCGUGUGAACCACCCUGAAUGUUGUCUUAAUUCAGAGACUCCCUCGGAUCUUUCCACCGUUGACACUCCUCGAAACGUAAAAGUGAUCGUGAAACGAUUUGCACGCUUG